AUGCAGCAACCAUGCCCAACGCGGCCAACUGAUCCCGACCCCGCAGCAGCACCCGUGGUCCAUGCGCUGCGGAGCUGCCGUCACUUUGAUGUCUCCCCUCCUCCCAAUCCUCCCUCGCUCCCCCUCAUUGCUUCGGGCCUGUCUAGCGUCCCUGGAACUGUCCUGGUUGCGGAUCUCCCGUAUCCUCUUAGCCAGUAUCUCUAUCUGCACCACCCUCGUCGCGGACUUAACGGGCUACGCUGUUGUAUGAGCAUGGCCGAGGGCACGCGGCGCAGGUUGCGGUCGAACCACGCGUGCAUCAACUGUCGCCGGAAAAAGACGCGGUGUCCGGGCGAGAAACCAGCGUGCUCGUGCUGUGUCAGGCUUAACCAGCAGUGCUCGUAUGGGGCGGCGGGCAGUUCGACGGGCGGGCCAAAUAAAGAUCGAUUGGCCGAGUUGGAAGAGAAGGUGAAUCGGAUACUGCGAGGAACGGCACAGCAAGAGCAACCAGCGCCCGAUCAUCCGCCGGAAUACUCGAACACAGCAUCCCACGGCGAUCUCACAUAUCCGCAAGACAAUGGUUUUUCGAUAUUCGGACUGGACGAUGCAAGUCCCCAGGCUUCAUCGCUGGUCAUAGCGAAAGCCAUCGAUCUAUACCUCGAAUGCUGCCACCGACAGCCGGUCUGGUGUCUGAACAUCAAAGAGCUCGGAAACAUCGAAUCUCACCCUGAAGAGCUCAUCUGUAGUAUUCUUGCACUGACCAUACGUUUUACACGGGAGCAUGAAGAGGGGCGGCGGUACGCAGACAGCGCAAAGAGCCUGAUUAUGCUGCGGAUGGCAAACGGGACCGUUGAGUUGGCGACGAUUGAGAGUCUUUGUUUACUGGCCUACUCGUCGUUUAUAGAUGGCGCACUACAGCUGGGGCGCUUCUAUCUCGGCCUCGGUUUUCAGCUGUGUCGAGCCGCCAUGCUGGAUACCGAGGCGGCGUAUACCCGUGAGGACAGACAGACAGAACAAAAGAAGCGUCUCUUCUGGAGCCUUCAACUCCUAGAGCAGUCCUACGGCCGUCAAACGGGUCUGCUAAGUUGUCCAAGUGAAAUAUGGCGACCACGCUAUCUGUCCGGAGGCGAGCGGAGGCCAGACACGACACCCAAGCCCCCUCCAAUCCCACGAGAUACCGCUGGAUGCUCAUCGCCCGACGAUACGGGGAUCUGGAGCAUGAGUAUCAGUUUCGGCUGGGUCUGGAGUAAAGUCCGAGCCUAUGUCUCGCACUGCGCGAACGAGCGACUGACAGAACCGUGGAGGCACGAGUCGAUGUACUCAAUCGUGCUGUCUGACCUGACCGAGAUCGAAAACAGCACGCCGCUCUGCCACAGAUACGACCACGUGCAGUUCUACAGACGCACCGCAGAGGAACUCGCCGUCAACCGAGCGUACUGGGUCCCCUGGGUGAAGCUGCAGUUCAUGUACCACGCCAUCCUGACCGUUCUCAACCACCCGUUCCUCUACAUCAUGGCCUCGCAGCGGAACCCCAACCUCGCUAUCCCGAAUAGCUUCUGGCGGAGGUCUUCGGAGCUAGUUCUGCUACAUGCGACGUGGAUCGUUCGUCUGAUCGAUAUGGUCUCGGAGAAGAAUGUUCGACUCACGGAUCCUUUCUUUGCCCAUGUCACGGCCAUCGCCGCCAGCGUCCAGCUGUACUACUGCUGUGCUGAUGACCCGCGGCUCAAGUACAAGUCUCGCGCCGAUUUUGCAAAGUGCAGCGACUUCCUUCGCACGUUCGUUCCUUUUUCGCGCGCUUGCGAGGUUCUGAGCCAGAAACUCGACAACCUGACCCGCAUCGCGUCGGGAACCGACAUCGUCGACCUGGACGACUGGGUCCCAUCGAAAAUCCACCUCAACAUCCCGCUCAUGUGGGAUAUCCUACAGUUCAACGUCUCAAACCAACCCUCGGGAACAGAAGGCCUCCUCCACCCCUCUCUAACCCCACCCCAAUCAACCCCAGGCCCCAACGAAGUCUCCUCCUCAACCUUUGACGUAAUCGUCACGGCCUCACCGGAAGUAAGCGUCAACACCACCGACGGCGGCCAGGCCGUCCCAAUGCCGCUGUACAGAAGUCCGACGACCGCGACGGCAGAGAGUCUACGAACGACAUCACUCCGCGAUCCGCUUGUUGCGCCGGUUGAUAGUCUCAUGCUGAACACGCCGUGGCUAUGGGCGGACUCGACGCCCUUUGUGGGGAAUCUGGAUGAGGUUGAGUUCCACGCGAAUGCGUCGAAUGCGAAUUCGGGCGCCGGCGCGUCGGCGCUACCGGUUGUUGGUGACGUCGAGGGUUCGGCGUGGUGGAAUCUGGGGAAUUUAUAGAAUUUUGGAUAUCUAUGCGCAUCAACUUGGGAGUUCCUGGUGUCUGACAUGGUGUGCAGCAGUGUGUUCCCGACUCUUGUGAUUGUAUAGUGCACAGCACCCGCUGUCCCAUUGCGACAACCCCCCCCUCGAGCGACUCGCCUUUCCCAUGCGACUUGCCUGCAAGGGCUACUCUGAUGGUAUGGCCGAUGCCUAGUACCUUGACUGACGCCUGCCCGCACCGAGCGCCCAAUAUGUUGCCACGCUACAUUGAUACUCUCGAGCGGCUUCUCGAUGACCCCCAAGCGACUUCCAAGUUACUCCUACGAAGCCUCUGCACAAGUCCAUGCGACGAAUCCCAAUGCACCCCCUCCCCAUGCAACCUGAUAGACGAAUGUUGACUAUAUCUAGGUCCCAGCCGGUCAUGGAUCGUAUCCUGAGGCCUGCCCAAAUACCAUGACGGAGUAUAGGCAGUAUGGCUAUCCGCAGCGUCAGCGACACAUUCUCCAAGCCAACGAGAAUCCAACCCCUUUCUAGUCUAUAGCAGUGCUUCAAUCACCCCAACCGCAACUGUACAAUUAACGGACCAAAUCGUAUUUGCCAUCCACGGUCAGGCCCGAGCCAAAUUUAGAAAUCUUGUUCCAAUCCCCAACCGUAAAAAAUAAUCAAUGAUGCGUCAAACGCCCCGAUAACCAUGGACACGCAGGGUGUCAGUUCCCCACAUGACGUCCUGCCAGCAUCACUGC